CUUGAAUUCCCAGUGAAUAACAGGCCUGCAGGCAGGCUUUAAAUCACAACUUUUCCUUAUUAUUUCGAUGGUUCCUUGCAACGAGAACAGUCGUGUACUGUAAGUGGGUCAGGUCACCAAGGGAGGUGUUUCCUCCUAAAUAAAAAUUUAAUUAAUCACACAUUUUGGUGGUCAAAACAAAGAAACCUGGCAUUUUGAAGGUCGGAGUCUGUUGGAGGUUGGAGGAACUGGGAAGGGGUCUAGCUAGCCACAGUAUUGCCCUACAUGUAAUCUGCAAAACCUCGUCGAUUCGUUCCUCGCAAACCAACCAAACAUCUCCCUCCCUCCAAGCUCAAGUUUAGUCUCUCCAUUUUGCCAAUCGAACAAUCGAACGACACCGGACCUCACGACAAUGGAUGCAACUACCGCUACUGGAACCGGUGGAAUCCUCAAGGAUACUCACGUCGACUUGGAAGCCAUGGAUCCUUCAGAUGACUCUUCGUACAUGUCAAGCCAGAUGAGUGGCGCUGCUGUGGAAGCGGAGCAGAAGCGCCUUCGUCAAGAGAUGGCCGAGAGUCUUGCCACGAGAGAGAACAAGGCGGUCUGCAUGCUUCGGUUCCUCGUCAUGGCAUUGAUGAUGACUGUCACUGCCCUUGUCUUGGCGGGAGUCUACAUCUACUCCAGCCACACAGAGCAGAGUGCCUUUGAAACUGGCUUUGCGAUUCAUGCUACUCAAAUGACCCAGUCCUUCACCAAUGUGGUGGAAAGCAAGCUGGUGGCCAUUGGGUCCAUGUCCAAUGCCAUUACUAGUCAUGCCUUGUUCACUGGCUCAGAGUUUCCCUUUGUGACACUCCCAGACUUUGCUGCCCGAGGAUCGGACAUUCGAGUCAUGGCCGAAGCUCUCGUUUUGGGUUGGUGCCCCCUGGUAACCAACAACAACCGCUUGGCAUGGGAAGAGUUUGCCUUUAUGAAUCGAUACCAAAUGAACAAGAACUUUGAGCAGGACAAUCACCUGAGACAAGAUCAGGAUGAGUACUUUGAAGAUCUGGCCAUGGAAAGUAGCAACCCAGUGGACGAGGAUGACUCUAACAGGAUGCUCAAGGAGGAACAAGAAGAAGAAGAGGCUGUUGAUCCUGAUCUCUUGCAGGAUGGGUCAAACUAUCAUCUCAGGAUCUACAAUCCCUUUAGUGGAUUGGCAGAACCAAAUGGAACUGGUCCUUUCCUUCCUGAGUGGCAGAGAUCGCCUUCCAACAAUCAAAUCCAAAAGCUUAUCAAUCUAAACUGGGACAAAGCAGGGGUCUUUAAGGGUGCAGACAUUGCCAAGACACUUAUGGCAAACCCUAGAGUUAUCAUCAACAAGCUGACUGUCAUUCAACCCAAGUUCUACAAGCCCAUGACAGCAAGUCUCCAAGCCAGCCAGUAUCGAAACAGGGUGGAUACGUAUCUCGAAGAUCCUCUAUCCUUCUUGGCGUAUCCAGUGUUUGACAGCUUCAACAGUACCACCCGAAAGCUCGGUGGGGUGCUCAUUGCUAACUUGUAUUGGCAAAUCUACUUCCGGAAUGUUCUUCCGCCCAAUGCCAAGGGUGUCAUAUGUGUCUUGUCCAACAGCUACAACCAGACAUUCUCCUAUCUGGUCAAUGGCCCCAAUGCAACUCUGUUGGGACCUGGAGACCUCCAUGAUCCUCACUAUAAUGACAUGGGUGUGUCCCUGGAUGUUUCAUCCUUUGUCAAGCGAAUGGCCAAUGCAGAGACACGCGCCUACCUGACUGUACCCUUGCAUGAAACUGUGGGCCUCUACACGCUAAAAGUCUACCCAACAGAUGACACUAGAGACGAGUACACUUCCAACAACCCUAUCAUCUACACUUUGGUGGUGGGUGUCAUCUUUGUGCUCACUGCAAUUGUCUUUGGGUUGUUUGACACGUGUGUGGAGAAACGCCAAAGGAAGGUCAUGAGUCGAGCUGUGGAGUCAGGAGCCAUCGUUAGAUCUUUGUUUCCAGAGGCAGUGCAGUCCCGCAUGUUCCAAGAUGAGCCCACUUCUACUGCUGACACCAAGACAGAACAAACAAGUUGGAAAGUGAAUGCCAACCAGGGGCACGGCUUGGAGGCGGUUAGUGCAUUGGAGACCAAAUCCGGACACCUGAAGCAAGGGGGCCAGAUUGCGGAUGAAUACAUGAACUGUACUGUCAUCUUCAGCGAUUUGGCUGGAUUCACAGCUUGGUCUUCAACUCGUAGCCCGUGUGAGGUUUUUGAGCUGCUUGAGACUAUCUACAAUGCAAUGGAUGGGAUUGCCCUCAAACGCAGAGUAUUCAAAGUGGAGACCAUUGGAGACUGCUGGUUGGGGGUAUGUGGCUUACCCAAUCCAAACCCAAAGCACGCAGUUGCAACUGCAAGAUUUGCUCAUGAUUGUAUGAAGAAGGUACAGGAACUAGUCAUGUCACUGUCUGAUCGUCUUGGUUCCGACACAGGAUUGCUUCAGCUAAGAACAGGCUUGCACAGUGGGUCAGUGACUGCUGGAGUUUUGCGUGGACAAAAGUCUCGAUUCCAGCUCUUUGGUGAUACGGUAAAUACUGCAAGCCGGAUUGAAACAACUGGCAAACCUGGACGCAUUCAUGCGUCGAAAACAACAGCUGAUAUUCUGAUGAAGCAUGGAAAGGAAAGUUGGUUGCAACGUCGAGAGAACAAAAUCACAGCCAAAGGCAAAGGGGAGAUGCAAACGUAUUGGAUUGACAUGGCCAAUGACAACCAGACUUGUGUCACCGGAAGCUCGCUCGAUACCUCGAGUGUGCUCAUGGCACUCGACAAUAAUUUCUUGGACGAGCACGAAAAUGACGCCGUGCACGAUAAGCCACAAACAGAGGUCUUGGGGCAAAUCGCUACCGAGGCCUGGACGUGAACCGGCCAAGCUUACUGUUGCUUCUGCAAGAAUAGCUCUUUAUUGGUGACAAGAGCUGCAUCUACAUUACGGCCAUCCGUUACAUUUUGCUAUUACACAAGUCAAUCAAUAAGUAUAAUUCGCCUAGUAGCAUCCUCUACGAUGCACAACAUCUAGAAUGAAUGCCAUAGCUGACUGGGCCACCACCUCUGUCCAAGUAUGCUCUCGUACGGUCA